AUGCAUCGUCUUUUUGCUGAGCUGGAGCCAUCUUUAACCGUCACAGAGCAAAAUCUGGCAGACCGAGUUCGGUAUAUCUUGCGCUCAAAUAUAUUUGAUGUCGCCGAACUCGAACGGCUACGACGUGAGGCUGUUCCCUCGUCGGAUGAGAAUGCUACGGCUGAGGAUGCGGCGCCACAAAUGGUAGAGCAACCCGCAAACGUGGAUGCCGCCGUGAAUACCCCAGUUGUGGUUGAUUCAAACGAUGAUGGAACAAUCGCCCAGGAACUGGAAUUAGAGCAUAUGAGGAGUACAUUGGAAGAGGCGAUUAUGGAAACGCGCAGUACGCCUCUAGAAAAUCGAUCGCGACUUCCCCGCAUAGCCCUAAGCAAGCGGAAUCGGGCUGUCGUGAGGGCUCUGAACCCAAUGCUGGUGACCUAUUUGGAAGCCAGCCGGGACCUUUGCGAGACGGACUCAAUUCUUUUUGGCGCCGCGCUGGCAGUCUGCCGUAUUAUAGGCGCUAAAGGUUUACACGGCUGGACGCGCUACUGGAAAUAG